AUGGCUCCCUCCCUGCUCCUGCUUCUCCUCGCACUUCUCCCUCGGGUUUUUCCGCUGCUGGAUACUAGCAUCUUCUUAAUAUACAAUGAAGAUCACAAGCGCUGUGUACUGGCUCAAAGUUCUAAUUCAGUGACUACUGCUCCUUGCGUUCAAGAAAAUGAGUCACAAAAAUUCAGGUGGGUCUCAGAUCACCAGCUUAUGAGCGUAGCAUUCAAAUUGUGCUUGGGAGUGCCUUCGAAGAAAGACUGGGUUCCGAUCACUCUGUAUCCUUGUGACAAAGCUAGUGAACUUCAGCGAUGGGAAUGCAGAAAUGAGACUCUCUUUGCAAUCCAAGGGGAAGAUUUGUUUUUCAACUAUGGAAACAGACAGGAAAGGAAUAUUAUGCUGUACAAGGGAUCUGGUUUAUGGAGUAGGUGGAAAGUCUACGGAACCACAGACGAUCUGUGUUCUCGAGGCUAUGAAGAUACCUACACAGUGAAAGGAAAUGCUGAUGGAGCACCUUGUGUAUUCCCUUUUAAAUUUGGUGAUAAAUGGUACGCUGAGUGCACAGAUGCUGGCAGAUCAGAUGGCUGGUUCUGGUGUGGAACCACUUCAGACUUUGAUGUCGACAAGUUGUAUGGAUUUUGCCCAUCGAAACUUAAUAGCAUUGAUUCCUUGUGGAAUAUGGAUCCUUUAACUAAUGUCCAGUACCAGAUAAACUCUGAGGCAGCUCUGAAAUGGCACCAGGCAAGAAAAAGCUGUCAACAACAGAAGGCGGAGUUAUUAAGCAUCACGGAGUUGCAUGAACAAACAUACCUGACAGGUUUGACUGGCAAACUGAAUGCUGCUCUCUGGUUUGGUCUUAACAGUUUGAAUUUCAACAGCGGAUGGCAAUGGGUUGGUGGUGCUCCUUUUCGAUACUUAAAUUGGGUUCCAGGACAUCCUUCUCCAGAACCUGGAAAAAUCUGUGCAGCAUUAAAUCCUGGCAAAGGUGCUAAAUGGGAGAAUAGAGAAUGUGAUCAAAAACUUGGCUAUAUUUGUAAACGAGGAAAUGCUACUUUAGAGUCUUUCAUUAUUCCUACAGAGACUAAUGUGCCUAUUAGAUGUCCUGAUCAAUGGAUAUCAUAUGCUGGUCACUGUUACAUAAUUCACAGGGAACCCAAAAUAUGGAAAGACGCCUUAACAUCUUGCAGGAAAGAGGAUGGGGAUCUGGCGAGCAUCCAUAAUGUUGAAGAGUACAGCUUUGUUAUUUCUCAACUUGGGUACCAGCCAGCUGAUGAGCUGUGGAUUGGGUUGAAUGACCUCAAGGUUCAGAUGUAUUUUGAAUGGAGCGACGGGACACCUGUUACGUACACCAAGUGGCUUCGUGGAGAACCUACUCAUGCAAACAACAGGCAGGAGGACUGUGUUGUUAUGAAGGGAAAGGAUGGGUUUUGGGCAGACCAUUCUUGUGAAAAGAAGAUUGGCUACAUCUGUAAAAGGAAACCCAUGUCAGAAGCUCCUACGGAAGUGGAAACUACUGACGUGGGCUGCCAGAGAGGUUGGAAAAGACAUGGGUUUUAUUGUUACUUCAUUGGAAAUACAUUUGUUUCGUUUUCUCAAGCAAAUCAAACCUGUGGUAGGCAUCAGGCCUUUUUAGCAACUAUUGAAGACAGGUAUGAACAAGCCUAUCUGACUAGCUUGGUUGGGCUGAGAACAGAAAGAUACUUUUGGAUUGGACUUUCAGAUGUAGAAGAAAAGGGAACGUUCAAGUGGGCUAAUGGUGAAUCUGUCUUAUUUACACACUGGAACUCCGAAAUGCCUGGAAGAAAGCCAGGCUGCGUUGCCAUGAGGACUGGAAUUGCAGGUGGAUUAUGGGAUGUAAUAAAAUGUGAAGAAAAGGCAAAGUUCCUGUGCAAAGUGUGGGCAGAGGGGGUGACACCUCCACCUGUUCCUACAACAACUCCUAUUCCCCGGUGUCCAGAAGGCUGGGACUCAAACAAUCGUAUUAGCUUCUGUUUCAAACCUUUUUCGAGAGGAGGGCAAAAGAAAACAUGGCUUGAAUCUCAAGAGUUUUGUCGAGCUAUAGGAGGAGAUCUGGCCUCCAUUAAUGGGAAAGAAGAACAGUAUGUGAUAUGGCGUUCUAUUGCGAACAAUGGCUAUUACCAUCAGCAUUUCUGGAUGGGCUUAUAUUACUUGAACCCUGAUGAUGGCUUUGCUUGGAGUGAUGGAUCUCCAGUGAGGUAUGAAAACUGGGGCUUUGGAGAACCCAAUAAUUAUCAAGGAGUUGAACUUUGUGCAGAGAUCAGUGGUGAUUCCAGCAUGCUUUGGAAUGACAGGCACUGUGAUUAUCUAUAUGGAUGGAUUUGCCAGAUAAGAAAAGGGGCAAGUGUAAAGCCUGAACCAACAGAAUCUCCUGCGCCCAAAUACAAGAAGACGGAGGAUGGAUGGAUUAUACAUGGAGACAAACAAUAUUAUUUCAGCACGGAGAGUGUUCCUAUGGAAGCAGGUCGGGAGUUCUGCAAAAGGAACUUUGGAGACCUUGCCGUCAUCGAGAGUGAAAGUGAAAGAAAGUUCCUCUGGCGAUAUAUCUUGAAAAAUGGCAGAGAGGAUUCAUAUUUCAUUGGUUUACAACUGAGUGUUGACAAACGGACAAGCUGGAUGGAUGGCACUCCAGUGAAUUAUUUGGCAUGGGCACCACAUGAACCUAACUUUGCAAAUAAUGAUGAAAACUGUGUAGUUAUGUAUAAGAAUUUAGGGUUUUGGAAUGAUAUAAACUGUGGUUAUCCAAAUCCCUACAUAUGUGAAAGGCACAACAGUUCCAUUAACUCAACUGUUCCUCCAACAACACUUUCAACUCCAAGAGGGUGUCAUCCAACUUGGCUUUCCUUUCGUAAUAAGUGUUACAAAAUAUUUGGAUCUACAGAAGAUGAACGUGUCACUUGGCAUGCUGCAAGAACAGCUUGCAUGAAUUUAGGAGGAAACCUGGCCACUAUCGUUAAUGAACAAGUGCAAG